AUGGACACCGCGGAGAAUACGCAACAUCACUUCCGUUCUUCUGUGAUGCGGCCGAGCAACCUGCCGCGACCGGGCGCCAUCUCCUCUACCAUCGGCCUUACCGAAAUGAACGAAUCUCAGCACAAUGCGCGCGCGCAUUCAUCCAUGAUACCGCCACCCGGAGCCAAGAUGGGAUCGCUCAACAGCGCCAUGAAGCGCGAAGUCCCCAAGCCAGCUGAGCUGCCGGCUUCCAAGUAUCAGAAGUCUGUCCUUGAAAGGAAGACUCUCGCCCAGCAGGCAGGCGAAUUCCCGACAAAGCCCUCGACGGCCGCGGCAGGUGCCUCCAGCCUUGUGAGGUCGCGUUCCGUCAAGGCACAAACACUGGCCGAGUCCAUGGAGAUGGUUUCCGAGUCGAACCCGCCGCCCGACACUGUGCCCUGGAACGACGCCAUGCGGAUUGUCCUCUGGGUCUUGGGUCAUAUCUUCCGCACUUCGCGAAUCAUCCUGCGGUCGGCUUUUCGAAACAUCCCUACAUACAUCCUCCAAAGGCUCCUCGUCGUCUUUUCGCUCCGCUAUGACCAUGGUAGUUCAGACGAACCAGAUGGAGGGUGCACCCUGGAUCGACCUCGCUCUCGCCGCCCAAGCCAUCCAUCAGCGUCUCAUUCGACAUAUCUGCGCAGUGUUACGGGCAACCUGCAGAUAUGGCUGGGGCUACAACAUGGCAGCGACAGCGCAUUCAGGCGUAUCCAGCUCCUUGUAGACGCCGAGGUGCAAGAUGACGAAUUCCAUCGGACCAUCGACUGCGACAACGACACUGGCGACGGGGAUGAGCUGCGUUGUCUCAAGGACCCAAACAACAUCAGACCUCGAAAUGUACCAACGACCUCCCGAUACAAUACCGGCGGCGGCUUUUCCGCGAGUGUCGGCCCUAGGGGCCAUGAGCGCUCGAAAUCGUCCCUUGCUCAUUCAAAGUCCGUACACGGACAGCCUCGAACCCGAAACACGAAUCAGCAUGCGAGACCACGCACGGCAUACGGUCAUCGAUCGGAGGAAGAGAUCGAUGGACCAAUAGCACAACAGAACGGUACGGUCUUGCAUUCCCAGCAAUUGAACUUUCCGCCACCUCUUGAUUUCCAGCCUAGAAAUACCAGGCUUGCCAAUACCACAUCGCAAAUGAAUUCCCAAAGAGAAGUUUCUCUUAGCAGCCGGUUCGGUGCACUAUCCAUCAAGGACGACACCAGCACAACCUCCACACAAGAUGAAGAUCAAGUGGUUUUCAGUCGGGCGGACAGCGUCAGUUCCCUGUCAACGUCAAUGAGCAAUGCGCAAGUCACUAUGCGUGCAUCACGGAAGCCUUUCAUGAGAGCGCCAGAGCUGUCCCCGAAGAAGAGGCAGGCCAGUCACAUGACCGAUCCUGCCACGCCUUCGCCAGACUCUAAGCGAGCAAGAGCCGUGAUGGAAAGGCUCGGAGAAACAAUCAUGACGAUCAAGGAUUACAGAUCGCCGGCUAGAUCCCCUUCUCCCAGUAGACUGUACUUCUUAACAAAAGAUUCUAACUUGACUCAAUUUGUAGGCUGGGAUGUUGAGGAUAGGGUGGCGGGCAUCGAGUCGCAGUUCAAGCAGGUCAAGGAGACGAUGGAUGUCAUGUUAUCUGACAAAGAGUUAAUGGACGAGAGAGUGGAGAUGUAUAAGAAGAGAAUAUCGGAGCUCGAAACGGAACGAGAAAAGCUCGAGGACCGCAACGGCAACCUGCAAAAUGAGAUCGGCAGCAUGCGCGAUCAGAUGCAGAAGCUGACGAUCGAAUCGGAAACGGCAAAGCGGAACCACAAAUAUGAGCUCGAAGACGAGGCCCGUAAGCACCGUCAUGAGCUCGAUGAGCUGCGACGCGAGCUCAAAGACGAGACGCAGAGAACGGAAAAGAGCCACAGGGAGGCUUUGGAUGCUCUCGAGCGUCACUUCAAGGCCGAGCUCGACGAGGAGCGCAACCAAAAGUCGAAGGAGAUCCAGGAUCUUCGCAUGAGGCUCGGGCACGAGCAGCAAGACCUCCACGCCACCCUGGAGAAGAAGGACAGAGAAGCCGCCGACCUGAGGGCAAUGGUGGAAACGCUCAAGAGUGACCUGGACCGCGAACGAACGUUAAAGAAGGGCCUCGAGGCGAGCAUCUCGGAGCUCGGCGCCUCCAACGUCACAUUGGAGGCCAAGAUCAACUCUCUCAAAUCACACGUCGAGUUCCUCGAGUCCGACAGCAAGGCGCAAUCCGACUCCUUCGCCAACAUGGAAGCGAGACUCCAGGAAGCACUCAAGGCGGCGGAGGUGGCCGGCGAGAAGCUCAUCAAGGAAGAGACGGAACGCCGCGUCCUCUUCAACAAGUAUCAAGAGCUCAAGGGUAACAUCCGCGUCAUGUGCAGAGUACGUCCUGUGUUGAGCGCGUCCGAAGGCGCACCUGCAAAGGUGACGUUCCCCGACGAAAAGACGUCGGCCGAGAUUGCGCUGCAGACGCAGGAGGUCAACAGCUUUGGCGACGUGUCGACGAAGAACAUCAACUUCGAGUUCGACCGUGUCUUUGACCCAACCGCGCAGAACCAAGACGUGUUUGAUGAGAUCUCGCAGCUCGUACAGAGCGCCCUCGACGGAUAUAACGUGUGCAUCUUUUGCUACGGCCAGACAGGAUCUGGUAAGACGCACACCAUGUCUUCAGCGGACGGCAUGAUCCCUCGCGCAACGCACAUGAUCUAUGACACGGUCACAAAGCUCAAGGAGAAGCAAUGGACGUACAAGAUGGAGGGCUCUUUCAUCGAAGUGUACAACGAGGAACUCAAUGACCUGUUGACGCCCAACGGCCGUGAGUCGGACGGAGGCAAGGCGCGCAAGCUUGAGAUCCGACACGACGACGUGCGCAAGCAAACUUCGGUCCUCAACUGCAAGACGGUCUCGCUAGACUCUGCCGACACGGUGGAGGUGAUGCUUGCCGAGGCGCAGAACAACCGGUCGGUGGCAUCAACCAAGGCCAACGAGCGGUCGUCGCGGUCGCACAGCGUCUUCAUCCUGAAGCUGUCGGGGUUCAACUCUGCGACGGGAGAGCGAUGCGAGGGCACGCUGAACCUGGUGGACCUUGCUGGUUCGGAGCGUCUCAAGCACUCGCAAGCCGAGGGCGCCAGGAUGAAGGAGACACAGAACAUCAACAAGUCUCUGUCGUGCCUCGGGGAUGUGAUUGAGGCGCUCGGCAAGAAGAGCGGGCACAUCCCGUAUCGCAAUUCCAAACUGACGCACUUGCUGCAGUACUCGCUCGGGGGCAACAGCAAGACGCUCAUGUUUGUGAUGGUCAGCCCGUUGGAGGCUCACCUCAAGGAGACAGUGACGAGUUUGCGUUUUGCUACCAAGGUUCAUAAUACCCAUAUCGGAACGGCCAAGGCUACGAAGAAGGCGUAG